AGUUAUUCCCCUUUUUUGCUGGGGACCCCCUGGAGCCCCCUCAAGGACCACUGGGGGUCCACGGACCCCACUUUGAGAACCACUGGAGAAGAGGACACUGGGGGAGGAAAAAUAGUUAAUUUACAAUAAAUUUUAACUUAACUAUAUGUGGUUCAAAAGGUCACUCUGAUUGGCCACAGCUUAUUGCCCUGUCAGAGGGCUUUUAUUUUGUAAGUUGGGAGCGGAAGUGGUAGUUUUAUUCUGGGAGGUUGUCAUUGGUGGACACAGAGAUGCAAACCAUUUAAAAUCCCCCUCCACGGAGCAGAGGGCGAGAGGGUCCAGCCCUGCAGUCCAGCGCAAACAUGGCGGGUCGUGGAGGCGACGUGAUGAGUUCACGGUCCGACUCCAGAUCUGCCACCGACCCCCCGUCCUCACCGGCGGCCGCGUCCGAGGAGCAGAAGCCGAGGAAGAGGAGGAGAGCGUUCUGCCUGGCCAGGAUGAAGACGUCCCGUAACAGCUCCGGGAAACAGCUCCAGCAUCAGCCCGCCGCAAACAACAACAACACGCCGUUUAUGAUCCACUGCCAGAUCGGCAAAGAGAUCAAACACAUCUGCAGCAACUGCCGAGGAGCCGAACCGCUGGACGCUGAGGAAGUGGAGAGGCUGGCGGCCAUGCGCUCUGAUUCGCUGGUACCGGGCACUCACACGCCUCCCAUCCGACGGCGGAGCAAAUUCGCCACCCUCGGACGUCUCUUUAAACCCUGGAAGUGGAGGAAGAAGAAGAGCGAAAAGUUCAAGCAGACCUCUGCGGUGUUGGAGAGGAAGAUGUCGACUCGCCAGAGCAGAGAAGAGCUCAUCAAGAAAGGAGUGUUGAAGGAAGUUUAUGAGAAAGAUGGUUUGUCCCCGGCUGUACGGGAGGAGGUGAAGAUGGAGAACGGGCGUUCCCCGGUGCUCGGCUCCAGCUUGUCAGAGUCUGAAGGUACUGAGCUGAUGGAAGGAGCAGCCGCAGCUGUAGGCUCACUGGAGUUUCAGAUGCCUGGCGAGGGGGCGUGUCAACAGGACCACGGUCAGAAAUCCAGCCAGGCUCCACCCACGAAGAAGCCCUCUGUGUAUCCGGGUGACGGCGCUGAAUCAUCGCUCUCCAGACCUCCUACGCUACACAAACAACCUCCCGCGCUACCACCCAAACCCUUCAACAGGCUACCUAAUCACAUUACAGACGGCGCCCCGGUGAAGUUGCCGUGCAUGUCGAUGAAGUUAUCUCCUCCUCUACCUCCAAAGAAACUCCUGAUCUCCGUACCCGCGGGGAGCAUGGAGCCCUCCUCGCUCGCCUUCCAGAAGUGCCCCGCCCCUCCCAGCCAUGCACCAAUGGGCGGGCACCCCAUGCAGUACGGGGCUCUUCCUCUCCACCCGCCCAGCCGCAUCAUAGAGGAGCUCAACAAGACCCUGGCCCUGACCAUGCAGAGGUUCGAGAGCUCCAUGAUGCACGGCGUUCCCACGUUGAUGAUCGAGUGCAGCGACGACAAAGAGAACCUCCCCAACGAGGCGGACUACGAGGACCUGCCCGGUAUGUACAAGGACGAGGAAGAGGAAGAUGAAGAGGAGGAAGAGGACGACGAUGAGGAGGAAGAAGAGGAUGAAGAGGAGGAUGACGAUGAUACGCUGUUUACAAGCACACUGGCCAUGAAGGUUUUACGAAAGGACUCUCUGGCCAUCAAACUGAGUAACCGUCCGUCAAAGAGGGAGCUGGAGGAGAAGAACAUCCUGCCGCUGCAGUCGGAUCAGGAGAGACUGGAGUCCCGACAGCAAACAGCCACCAAACUCACCAGGCGGUUGAGUCAACGGCCGACUGCAGAAGAACUGGAACAGAGGAACAUACUCAAACCUCGAAACGAUCUGGAGGAGCAGGAGGAGAAGAGAGAGAUCAAGAGACAUUUGUCCAGGAAGCUCAGCCAGAGGCCAACAGUAGAGGAGCUGAGAGAGGCUAAAAUCCUGAUCCGCUUCAGUGACUACGUGGAGGUCGCCGAGGCUCAGGACUACGACAGGAGGGCAGACAAGCCCUGGACUCGGCUAACAGCUGCUGAUAAGGCUGCCAUAAGAAAGGAGUUGAAUGAGUUUAAAAGCACAGAGAUGGAGGUGCAUGAGUCCAGCCGCCAUCUGACCAGGUUUCAUCGGCCAUAAAAUCGUUCAGCCAGACCUCGGCCAUGUUUUUAUAUUCCCACACAAGCCUCAAGUGUUAUAAGACUGCUUUUCUGCUGCCCUCGUACUGCUAACCGCUAACCCUUUCCAACGUCGGCGUGUCAAACCGACAGACCGGCCGUGGACAACGAUGUACGGGCUCGUUCCGUCGCCGGGAAACGGGAGCAAACACUUUUUAGAAGUACAGACGGAUUAAACUCUGGACUGGCGUCUCCCCUCGGCGGAGGUUUUUCAGACUUCUUGAUAUUCAAAAGCUUUUAAUUGUCAUUUUUUUAUGAUGAAGAGGUGGCAAUAUGUUUACUUUGCAGCACUUUUUUUUGUUUGUUUUUUGUUUCGAACAAGGCUUUUGUAAGUCAAACACAGAAUCUGUGCCAACUUUUGAUGUGGGGAUUUGAGGAUGGGAACUGUAGGAGGGGAGGGGAGGGGGAGGGGGGGAGACUGGACUUCUUGAAGAGCCGGAUUGUUUUCUUGCCUUUCACCAUGUUCUCACUAUAUUCUCAUUUCUCCAUUGGACUUAAUCUUACCUUAGGGGGGGCGUGCUUGUGUUGGCACAAAUUUAAUUCCACAGAUCACAUCUCAAUGAUCGUUUAUCUCAUUUUCGCCAGAGGAAUGGAAAUAUUUACAACGGCUUACGCUGUUGUAGGCAGCUGAAUAUGAAGCCAAAAUGUCCUAAAAAUCCUGUUCAUAGUCCCGAAACGGCAGUAAAAUGAAGAUCUUCUGACGGUGUUUGAGUUCUACUGUGUGAGGGAUUUGUGACAGGGUAUUAAAAGCAUAGCCUACAUACAAACAACAUCAUAAAAAUCUAUUUAUUCCAUGGUCAGACUGUCAGAACCGUGGACAGCUUCAGGAGGAAAGAGAGGAUUUAUUAGGCUGUUUCUGCCUCUAAUACCAAAUAUUAUAAAAAGAAAUUUAAAAAAAAAAUGAAAUUCACCACAUGAAUGAGGAAUUUGGGCUUGUUUCUACAUAAUUUAUCAUUAUGUAGGUAUUUUUUUUGUUGUCGUUGCUUCCAGGGGAGCUCAGGUCUCUUCUCUCCCGGCUCCUCCGUAAUUGGAACAGUAUCUCCUAACGACACAUCGAUCGACUGAGCAAUAAUUUCAGAUUUUUUCUCCUGAUUUGUCCAUCUUGUUUAUGGGCUGCAUUCAAGAGCUCAACCACUUUUUAAACUUCAGAUCCCUCCCUCCCUCUCUCCUCUCCACCCCCCCCCACCUCCCGUUAUUUGAACCAAAGCAACUUGACUCGAUGUGGAAGUCGCGAUCUUGAAUGCAUCCCAGAAUGCCUGCUGUUGAGAGUUCAUGAACCCACUGUGUCACUGUGCCUACAGUAUCGUUUACAGGGAUUUAAAAGUUGCCAAAUUAAUUUCAUUUGAUACAGUUUAUUAUCUGUAGACACAGUAAAAUGGUGCCGAACUCUCUGAUGAAUUACAAGAAAGUUUUUUUUUUGUUUUUUUUUUAAUAUUUCAUUGUUUAUUUUCUAAGACUUUGACGGUACAAAAUCUGGAAACCCUGCCAUCUUUUUGUUUUUAUAUUGUUUACAGUCCAUAUUAGGUUAAUUAGUUUACAGUUUUGACCACAUUAAUGGGAGGACUGGUUGCUCUGUUGUGUGUUAUGAUGAUGAUGAUGUGUGUGUGUGUGUGUGUGUCUGAGUGUGUGCGUAUGCUUGUGUGUUGAAAAAUGUUUUGAGAGGAAAAUAUUCUCAGAAUUAUAAGACUUGUAAAUAGCAAAGAAAGUAAGCGACUUUUCAAAUGUUUUUUUUGUUUGUUUUUUUUGUAAAGCAGGAAAAACUGCAUGUGGGUAUUAAUUUAUUGUGAGUCUUCUAUGAUGUAUGCAGUUUCUUAAAGAAAAGAAACAAUAAUGUG